GGUGGAGGGAAGAAAGGGGAGAGUUAAGGGAGAAACGGCAGGUGGGCAGGGUGUAAGGAGGGGAGAGGAGCGUGGACAACUAGGAGGAGCUGGAGUCCCAGCAGUGAGCGGAGGGACCCAGGGUAGUGGAAGGAAGGGAGAGGGGACAGGGGAGAAGGGGGUAGAAGGAAGAGAAGGGUGAGCCGAAAGGGGUGAGAAAGGAGGCAAGCCAGUAGUCGGGAGCGGCAGGGGCCGGGACUGGGCGGAGGGCUGGGAAGGUGGGGUAGAGAAGAGCCUCGGGGGCGCAGGAUGCCGGAGCUGCGCACCCCAGCCGGGCCUCGCGUGCCGGAGGAGCGCCGGCCGCUGCUGUCGCGCGGUGCGCGGGGCCCUAGACGGUGGCGGCGGGUGGCGGGCGCUGCGGUGCUGCUGGUGCAGAUGCUGGAGCGCGCGGCCUUCUUCGGCGUCGCGGCCAACCUCGUGCUCUACCUCAACAGCGUCAACUUCAACUGGGCGGGCCAGCAGGCAUCCCGCGCCGCGCUGGUCUUCCUGGGCGCCUCCUACCUGCUGGCGCCUGUGGGUGGCUGGCUGGCGGACGUGUACCUGGGUCGCUACCGCGCCGUGGCGAUCAGCCUGCUGCUGUAUCUGGUCGCCUCGGGGCUGCUGCCUGCCACCGCCUUCCCCGAUGGCCGUCGCUCUUUCUGCGGCGAGAUGCCAGCGUCGCCGCUGGGGCCAGCCUGUCCCUCUCCCGGCUGCAGGACCUCCUCGCCCAGCCCUUACUGCGCACCCACUCUCUACGCCGGGCUACUGCUGCUCGCCCUGGCCGCCAGCUCUGUCCGCAGCAACCUCACCUCUUUCGGUGCCGACCAGGUGAUGGAUCUCGGCCGCAAUGCCACCCGUCGCUUCUUCAACUGGUUUUACUGGAGCAUCAACCUGGGUGCUGUGCUGUCCCUGCUGGUGGUGGCUUUUAUCCAGCAGAACAUCAGCUUCCUGCUGGGCUACAGCAUCCCUGUGGGCUGUGUGGGCCUGGCAUUCUUCAUCUUCCUCUUUGCCACCCCCGUCUUCAUCACCAAGCCCCCUGCGGGAAGCCAAGUGUCCACUAUGCUUAAGCUUGCUCUCCAAAACUGCUGCCCCCGGCUAUGGCAACGACAUUCUUCCAGAGACCCUCAGGGCGCCCAUCUGCUGCCUGACCAGGGGUCUCCCCAGCCUGGGCUGUCCUCCCAAGAGGAUGUCGCCAACUUCCAGGUGCUGGUGAAGAUCUUGCCUGUCAUGGUGACCCUGGUGCCCUACUGGAUGGUGUAUUUCCAGAUGCAGUCCACGUUUGUCCUGCAAGGUCUUCAUCUCCACAUUCCAAACAUUUUUCCAGCCAACUCCGCUGCCAGCUCCAUGGCCCUGAGAGUCCAGGGCAGUAGCUACACGAUCCCGGAAGCCUGGCUCCUCCUGGCCAAUGUAGUGGUGGUGCUGAUUCUAGUCCCUCUGAAGGACCACUUGAUCGACCCUCUACUGCUGCGGUGCAAGCUGCUUCCCUCUACUCUGCAGAAGAUGGCACUGGGGAUGUUCUUUGGUUUUACUUCUGUCAUUGUAGCAGGAGUCCUGGAGAUGGAGCGUUUACACUACAUCCACCACAACGAAACUGUGUCCCAGCAGAUUGGGAAGGACCUGUACUACGCAGCACCACUGUCCAUCUGGUGGCAGAUCCCUCAGUAUCUACUCAUUGGGAUCAGUGAGAUUUUUGCGAGCAUCCCAGGCCUGGAGUUUGCCUAUUCAGAGGCCCCUCGCUCCAUGCAGGGUGCCCUCAUGGGCAUCUUCUUCUGCCUGUCUGGUGUGGGCUCACUGUUGGGCUCCAGCCUCGUGGCACUUCUGUCCUUGCCAGGGGGCUGGCUACACUGCCCUGAGGACUUCGGGAACAUCAAUAAUUGCCGGAUGGACCUCUACUUCUUCCUGCUGGCUGGCAUUCAGGCCGUCACAGCCCUCCUAUUUGUCUGGAUUGCUGGUCGCUAUGAGAAGACAGCUCAGGGCCCAGCCUCCCACAGCCGUCCGAGCAGGGACAGGGGCUGAAUACAUCCUGUCGCACCCCCUUGCUUCUUUCCAGGAACACAAGACAGCAGCUGUCCCAGCUGUGGUUUCCUUCUCAGUUUAUUCUGUACCCACAAUUAGAAUGAAACGAUUCCCAUAAAUAAGGGGCAUACGCCCUUCUUCAUGA